AAAAACAUCAUUUUUUUAGCGGCAUAACGUAGCUAGCAAAUUAGCUAUCGAAGACAGAUAAAAUAUUGUUCAUUAAAGGUUAUACAAGGUUACAGUGUGUGUGUAUACGUCGCCCGGUUUCAGGUCACUGCACCCACCUCCCAAGAUGUCGUACCCCCCUCACCUGAACCGCCUCCCCCAGUUGCCCCCCGGGAUUUGCCCUCCCCAAUUCGCUGGUUUCCCCCAGGGAGUCCCAGCAGGUACGCCCAUGAUUCCAGUCCACAUGGGGAUUAUGACCUCUGCGCCCGCUGUCAUGGUUCCUACCACAGUGUCUAUGGUCCAGAUGCCUCCUGGCCCUAGGAAGGAUCUGAACCUAGUCAGAGUCAAGGAGAACCAGGAGGGGGGCAGUGGAGACCCCACCACCACAGUGUUUGUCGGGAACAUCUCAGAGAAGGCUUCAGACAUGCUGGUCAGACAACUGUUAGCGAAAUGUGGCCUGGUCCUGAGCUGGAAGAGAGUCCAAGGGGCUUCUGGGAAACUGCAAGCGUUUGGUUUCUGUGAAUACAAGGAGCCAGAGUCCACCCUGCGUUCCCUGCGUCUGCUACAUGAGCUGUUGCUGGGAGACAAGAAGCUGCUGGUCAAGGUGGAUGCUAAGACCAAGGCCCAGCUUGAAGAAUGGAAGGCUCGGAAGAGGAACGCCAACGGGGGAGCCAAGUCUGAGGACGGACCCAAGGAAGACGGGGAUGAGGAAGAGGUUCUUGACGAAGACACAAAGCAGGAGCAGUGUCGUUUGGUGACGGGAGAAGGACAUGUUAUGGACCUGAUAUCACGUUUGUCUGUUUCCCAGGAGGACAUCAAUGUGAUGGAGAUGGAAGAUGACAAAAGAGACCUGAUAUCCAGGGAGAUCAGUAAAUUCAGAGACACUCACAAGAAACUGGAGGAGGAGAAGGGAAAGAAAGAGCAGGAACGGCAAGAGAUCGAUAAGGACAGGAGGGAGAGGGACAAAGAGAGGGAGCGAGAGAGGGAGCGCCGGGACCGCGAGAGGGAGAAGGAGAGAGAGAAGGAGAAGGAACGAAACGACAACAACAACAAGGAGAGAGAGCGGGACAGAGACCGGGAUCGAGAACGGAUCGAUCGGGACCGUGAACGGACGAGGGAGAGGGAGAGGGGAGACAGAGGAGAGAGGGAGCGCGUGAAGGAGAGGAGUCGAGAAGUCAGCAUAGACCGCAGUAGAUCCAGAGAACGGAGCCGCGAUGAGAAGAAACACGACCGCGAGGAGGACCAGGAGGAGGCGUACGAGCGCAGGAAACUGGAGAGGAAGAUGAGGGACAAGGAGACUGCCUACCAGGAACGUCUGAAGAACUGGGAGAUGAGAGAGAGGAAGAAGACUCGGGACUACGACAAAGAGAACCAACGAGAGGACGAGAGACGGCGUGAGAUGACAAAAGAAGGCAAGCGUCUGAAAGAGUUCCUGGAAGAUUAUGACGAUGACAAAGACGACCUGAAAUACUACAGGGGUAGUGCUCUACAGAAGCGUCUGAGAGACCGUGAGAAGGAGACGGAGCUGGAUGAGAGAGACAGGAAGCGGGAGAAGGAGGAGCAUGAUCAGAUCAGACAGAGACUGUUAGCUGAGGGACACCCAGACCCUGAGGCCGAGCUGCAGAGGAUGGAGGAGGAGGCAGAGCGGAGGCGGCAGCCCCCAGUGAAGCCGGUGCCAGAGGAGGAGGUGCAGCAGGAGAAACCAAACCGGGAGAGGGAGCACCACGAGAGGGAGCACCGGGAGAGGGAGCACCGAGAGCGGGAGCACAGAGAGAGGGAGCACCACAGGGACAGGAGAGGAGCAGACAGGCCUCCUCUCCAGCACCUUCAACCCCAAUCAGACGAUGACUUGGAGGAAGGGGAGGAGCUUGAUGAUUGUGACCGGGAGGACUCAUCAGAUGCCAGGCCAAACCCAAACCUGAAGCCCACGAUGCGGCCAAUAACAUCGGCCCCUUCGGUGUCGUCGGGCAGCGGCGGCGCCACACCCAACUCCCCCGGCAACGAGUCUCCCUGCGGCAUCAUCAUCCCUCAUGAAAAUUCUCCUGAAGCCCGGCCCGCUGAAGAACAGCAUCCCAAGAUUGGCCUCAGCCUCAAACUAGGAGCCAGCCCCAGCCAUCAGAUCCACACCGGGAGUAAACGUAAGAAGCUGGCCAACGUCGACAGCGUCUUCAACAAGUUCGGAGAGGAGGAGGCCGACGAGGCGCCUCGUAAACGUAAGCUGGUUCCGCUGGACUACGGUGAGGAUGAUAAGAGCUUGGGUCUGGACGGGGCCGAGGUACCUGGAGGGAAGGGAGACAAAACACCGGAGAAACGGAAACACAUCAGGAGUCUCAUUGAGAAGAUCCCGACGGCCAGACCGGAUCUGUUCAACUACCCUCUGGACUGGACUGCUGUGGACUCUACUCUGAUGGAGCGUCGCAUCAGACCGUGGAUCAACAAGAAGAUUAUAGAGUACAUCGGAGAGGAGGAAGCUACGCUAGUCGACUUUGUCUGUUCGAAGGUGAUGUCUCACGGCACACCGCAGGGGAUCUUGGAUGAUGUUGCCAUGGUUCUGGACGAGGAGGCAGAGGUGUUCAUAGUUAAAAUGUGGAGGUUGUUGAUCUACGAAACGGAGGCCAAGAAGAUUGGUCUGGGGAAAUGAAGACUAGUACCACUACAGUACUACUAUCUAGUACUACUACAGUACUACUAUCUAGUACUACUACAGUACUACUAUCUAGUACUACUACAGUACCACUGUUGUGAGGGACAGUUUUUUUUUUUUUUCUCCGGCUUCAAGUGUCUUUAUUUCUCUUGACUGAUCACACGGACACCUCUCACUCACUAGGGUGUUGAGACUAUGAGCAUGGGCCUAUUACCAGUCCCCAACCCCCCUCUACCCCCCCCCCCCCCCAACCCACUUCUAAAGAUCUCUUUUAAAUGAGUAUAAACUUCCCUGAGUCAAUACAUGUUAGAAGCACCUUUAUGUGGUGAUAUACAGCUGUGUCUUUCUGGGUAAGUCUCUUUAAGAGCUUUUCACACCUCGAUUGUACAAUGUUUUGCCGUUUAUUCUUUUUUAAAAAUCUUCAAACUCUGUCAAGUUGAUUGUUUAUCAUUGCUAGACAACCAUUUUCAAGUCUUGCCAUAGAUGUUCAAGCCAAUUUAAGUCAAAACUGUAACUAGGCCACUCAGGAACAUUCAAUGUUGUCUUGGAAAGCAACGCCAGUGUAGAUUUGGCCUUGUGUUUUUGGUUAUUGUCCUGCUGAAAGGUGAAUUUGUUUCCCAGCGUCUGUUGGAAGGCAGACUGAACCAGGAUUUCCUCUGGGAUUUUGCCUGUGCUAAGCUCUCGUCCCCUUCUUUUUAUCCUAAAAAAAAACUCCCACAUUGAGUACCACUCUUCAUAUUCUCAAGCAUGGCUUUGCCUGCAUCAUGUUAUCGGUAUGCUUGUCAUUGGCAAGGCUGUGUUGGAUUUGCCCCAAGCAUAACACUUUGUAGUCAGGACAAAAAAGUCAAUUUUUGCAGUCUUACUUAAGUGCCUUGUUGCAAACAGGAUGCGUGUAAAGGAAUGUUUUUAUUCUGUCCAGACUUCCUUCUUUUCACUCUUGUCAUUUAGGUUAGUAUUGUGGAAUAACUACAAUGUUGUUGAUCCAUCCUCAGUUUUCUCCUAUCACAGCCGUUAAACUCUGUAACUGUUUUAAAGUCACCAUUGACUUCCAUGGUGAAAUCCCUGAACGGUUUCCUUCCUCUCCGGCAACUGAGUUAGGAAGGACGCCUGUAUCUUUGUAGUGACUGGGUGUAUUGAUACACCAUCCAAAGCCUAAAUUAAUAACUUCACCGUGCUCAAAGGGAUGUUCAAUGUCUGCUGUUUUUAUUUUUUACACAUCAACCCAUCGGUUGAAAAACCUCCCUUCCUCUCUUUGUGGUUAAAUCUUUGCUUGAAAUACACUACUCGAUUGAGGGACCUUACAGAUAAUUGUGUGUGUGGGGUACAGAGUUGAGGUAGCCAUUUAAAAAAAAAACACGGAAAAAAACACGGAAUUAGUCCAUGCAAAUUAUUAUGCGGUUUUUUUGUACUUAUUUAGGCUUGCCAUAACAAAAGAGGUUGAAGACGUGUUGAUUCAAGACAACUUUAAAUUCAUUAAUAAAAAACAAAACAAUUUAUUUUUUAAAAUUUACUUUGACAUGAUGGUAUGUAGAUCAAUGGCACAAAAUCUCAGUUGAAUCCGUUUUAAAUUAAGGCUGUAACACAACAAAUUGUGUGGGGGAAUCAAGGUGUGUGAAUACUUUCUGAAGACUCUGUACUGGUGGAGGAUUUGCUCCACUGUGGGAUCUAAUGAUAAAAUGAAAGAAGCUUUUAAAAAAAAUAUAUAUAUAUAUAAUUUUUUUAUUUUUAUGAAAAUGUAUCUUCAAAUUUGAACAUGUGGAAAUGUGAUGUCACAACUGGAUGCAACAAUGUUACAUGUGUUUACGUGGAAUACAGUACCAGUCAAUAGUUUGGA